AUGGAGAAGUGGCCCUCAAAAGCAGAGUGCCAGAGAGUGGCAGUGGCGACCAGAGUGGUAGGAGCAGCAAUUUAUCCGUGUGUAGUCCCAAACUGGAACGAAGAUGCUAAAGUGAAGACGCUGACCGGAAAGGAGAUUAAGAUUGACAUUGAACCUACAGAUAAGGUGGAGCGAAUCAAGGAGCGUGUGGAGGAGAAACAGGGAAUCCCCCCACAACAGCAGAGGCUCAUCUACAGUGGCAAACAGAUGAAUGAUGAGAAGACAACAGCUGAUUACAAGAUUUUAGGUGGUUCAGUCCUCCACCUCAUGUUGGCUCUGAGAGGAGGAGGUGGUCUUAGGCAGUGA